CCGCGGAGCGAUGAGCGUCGGGGCCGGGAGGGGGCCGGGAGCCGAGGAGGCGAGCGGGGAGAAGAUCCCCCGCGGGGACAGGAGACGGGAAGGGAGACCCGUGUCUCAGUGGGGCCUGGGUCUAUGGCGCCCCGGGGUCCGCUGUCACACGCAGCUGAGCGGCGCCAUGGAUGGCCUCGUGUCGCUCUUCAUGCCGCGCAAUCUGAGCUACAUCUCGGGUCUGUACGAGCACGCGCGCCUCGCCGACGACUUCGGCGUCAGCGCGGCGGGACAGGGGCAGGACCCGGGGCACGGGGGGCAGGGCGAGGCCGCGGAGCACGACUCCGCGAGGCCGCGGGGUAGGAAGCAGCUGCGGUCAGAAGACCUCUCCGCGUCCGCCCUCGUCAUCCGCGAGCCGCACGACCCCUCCGACGCGUUCGCUCCGCCGCCGUUCGCUCCGACGCCCAUCGUGCGCCGUCGCGCCAAGUCGCUGCCGUCCGUGCCAGGCCGCCCGGCGCCCCCCGAGCCGCCGUGCAGCCGCCGCAAGUCGGUGCGCUUCUCGGACUCCCUGGGGCUGGAGCUCACGGUCGUGCGCCACUUCAGCUCGUCCGAGGAGCCCCGCGUGCCGCCGCACGUGCUCGAGUCCCUGCACCGCGGGGCGCUCGCCCGCUUCGCUCGCCUCGACGCCUGGGACGGCGCCGGCGGCUGCUGCGGCCGCUGCGGCCCGGGGGGGCAAGGGGCGGGAGGCGGCGGAGGAGGGAGGAGGGGAGGAGGCGGAGCGGCAGGGCUGUCGGCGUCCGAACCCCUGCGCCGCUCGCGCCUCGAGGCCGCGUUCGCGCAGCCGCUGGGCGACCCCGAGUUCGCGUCCCGGCUGCGCGCUCAGCUCGUGCGCCUCGAGUCGGUGGCGCCCGGCGAGCUGAGCGUGACGGGCCACGUGCGCGUCCUCAACGUGGCCUUCGAGAAGGAGGUGUCCGUGCGCUUCUCCUACGACGCGUGGAGGACGCACGCCGAGGCGCGCGCCCGCUUCGCCCCCCCCGGGCUCGCCGAGCCGAAUCCGGCGCCGGGCACGGACCGCUUCGCGUUCGCGCUGCCCACGCCGCCCUUCCUGCAGCCGGGCGGCGCGCUCGAGUUGGCGGUGCGGUACCGCGUGGCGGGGCGCGAGCACUGGGACAACAACGGGGGCGCCAACUACCGUCUGGAGGUGCGCAGCGAGCGCCCGGGGCCACCGCGGGAGCUCGACCGAAGCUGGAUCCACUUCGUGUGACGCGGUGGGUCGGGGGGGGUGGGGGAGGGGUGGGUGUGGGGGGGGGGGGGUCUUUUCCCCCACUCCCCUCCCCCCACCCGCCCCGCGUUGUCCCGUGAGACCCAUGGGGGUGACACCCAUGGGGGUGAGACCCAUGGGGGUGGACGCGACGCGCGGGCGAGCUCGUCCCGUCGCGCUGUGAAGCUCUCCUCCACCCCCCAGUGCCUUGGCGACAUUCACUUUAGCCGGGCUCUGUCCUCGUCAAGAGAUUCAGUUUGUUGUGUUCGGCACCCGGUUCACCGCAUCCAGUAUACCUCUCUGUACAGGUGCGGCACGUUCUGCCUACUCCGGGCCACCAGCGACGUGGACAAUAUUACAGUGAAACCCCCCUGUACUUCACCAAACACAACAGCCGCAUGCACCUGUAUAGCCUGAUGCACCUCUCUGCCUUACCUGUUUACAGUGAUACACCAGCCUGAUACACCCAUGUCUACCUUACCUACCUGAUGCACGCAUAUCUACCCGACAAACAUGUUUACCUAACACACUAGUCUAAUGACACAUCUGUAAAACAAAUACACCUGUUCAUCUGACACACCUAAAUCUGACACACCUGCAUGACACAUACAUAUACUCGACAAACCUGCCUGGCACAACUUACCUACUGACACACCACCUGGCACAACUUAUUUACUGACACACCACCUGGCACAACUUAUCUACUGACACACCACCUGGCACAACUUAUCUACUGACACCACCUGGCACAACUUAUUCACUGACACACCACCUGGCACAACUUAUCUACUGACACACCACCUGGCACAACUUAUCUACUGACACACCACCUGGCACAACUUAUCUACUGACACACCACCUGGCACAACUUAUCUACUGACACCACUUGGCACAACUUAUCUACUGACACACCACCUGGCACAACUUAUCUACUGACACACCACCUGGCACAACUUAUCUACUGACACCACCUGGCACAACUUAUCUACUGACACAGCACCUGGCACAACUUAUCUACUGACACACCACCUGGCACAACUUAUCUACUGACACACCACCUGGCACAACUUAUCUACUGACACACCACCUGGCACAACUUAUCUACUGACACCACCUGGCACAACUUACCUACUGACACACCACCUGGCACAACUUAUCUAUCGACACCACCUGGCACAACUUAUCUACUGACACCACCUGGCACAACUUAUCUACUGACACCACUUGGCACACCUUAUCUACUGACACACCACCUGGCACAACUUAUUUACUGACACACCACCUGGCACAACUUAUCUACUGACACCACCUGGCACAACUUAUCCACUGACACCACCUGGCACAACUUAUCUACUGACACACCACCUGGCACAAC